GGCAUUUCUAUUCUACCCACAGCUGCAUCACCUCCUUCCCCCUCGCCCUCUCCAUUAUUUCAAGGCGAUAAGAGAACAAGCUACGUGCUUACCAGAUCGACAAGAUGGCAGGCAUCAUGGAUACUCCCGCAAACGAAUAUACACCCAGCUUUGCACCCUUCUUUGGAAUGGCUGGAAUUGCAUCUGCAAUGAUUUUUGGAUGUCUAGGAGCAGCAUAUGGCACGGCAAAAGCAGGAAUUGGCAUCGCCGGUGUUGGCCAAUACCGCCCUGAUCUGGUCAUGAAGUCACUGAUACCGGUGGUCAUGGCUGGUAUCAUCGCCGUCUACGCUCUCGUCAUCUCCGUAUUGAUUGCUGGAGACAUGGAACCUCCACCAGCAAAGCACUACAGCCUGUUCACCGGAUUUAUGCACCUGGCCAGCGGUCUCAGCGUUGGCUUGGCCGGUUUGGCCGCUGGUUAUGCCAUUGGCAUUGUCGGAGAUAUGGGUGUGAGGUCUUAUAUGCAACAGUCGAGGAUCUUCGUAGGAAUGGUGCUCAUCCUGAUUUUUGCUGAAGUGCUGGGGCUCUAUGGCCUGAUUGUGGGUUUGCUCUUGAAUUCGAAGAGUUAGACGAAACCGCAGGGGAACGCCGCUUGCUGAGAGCGCAAUCGAGGGAAAUUUACUGCUCACGCUGCUACGAUUGUAGACAGCAUUGCAAGCAGAUUCUCUGUACUAGUAAUGUUUCGAAUCAAUUCAAUGCUACAUGA